GUCCAAGACUCCAACGGCGCCGCCACUCAGGCUCUCAUUGUGCAACUUAGGUUCGACACAACUUACCCCUCGCACGCGAGGAGGGUCUUGUGGCGAGAUUAUUGUCCAACCCCAGACGACUCAUCGUGAUAUUGCGGAGUGGCUCAUCCCAGCCUGAGGUCUACAUCUCUCUUGUUACAACGGGAGCUUGACUCAAUGUUCACUCAGUGAAGAUAGUCGUGAAAUCGCUUUCACAGCGUAUUCUGGCCAGACUGGUGCGUACUUGUCGGACUUUGAUAUGGCUCCGUCCACGUCUGUAUAUAUGGCGUGGUAUCCUCGUGGAACCUCGCGGUAUCUCUGCGAUUGGAAAGGCUUGCGAACCGGGAUGCUUGAAUUCCGCAAUUUGAUCUGAACAAUCCCAUGAAACCAGAAUUGGAGUCACCAUACAAGUUGCUGAUUAUGCUUGUUCCAGUUAAUGUGAAUCCUUUCGGCUGGGAUGAAGUCGUACAGGGUAUUUCUAGGAGCCCCGCCAGCAAAGGACAUCAAUGAAGAUAAAACAGAGUAUCAAUGGCAGACAAUAUCCUUAGUACCCGCCAGCCAACAGGACGUCACCCUACCUGCAGCAACCAUUGAGGCUGCGAGUAGAAGGAUAUCUGCGUUAUAUGCGAAUAUCAUAUUCCAAGAAGAUGUCGAAGAAAGUCAUUUUCUAAGUGUGAUGGACGUCGCGGAAGGACUGAAGACUGAUGCCGACGCUCUUCCAGGAGAUGAGAUAACUGCCAUAACAUGGCCCCCCACAAAUGCCGAGACGCAGAAUGCGUCGAGAUUGGCUCAUACAUUUCUGCGACCUACGGACAGCAUGUCGCGGGUCCGCUCAAUGCUCGAGACGCAGGAGACACAGGGUUCUGGCUCAUACGAAUACUCGGACGCAUCCUCCGUUGGCCGAUUCCCCUCAUUCCAUUUCAGCAUCCAUACUUUGACGGGCCUAUCCCAGCUAGCGGCCUACGCACAGGCAGAAAUGCAACGGGCUGGUGCAGCUGGACGAAAGGGAUCUCGGAAAGUCUCGCUCUUAGUAGCGGUGCUUGAAGUCGAAGGCCCGGACACCAUCCGUAUCAAGAAAGGUCCAGAGGCUGGCAAGGAAGUGUAUCUCCUCAAGCUCAUCCUGGGAGACGAGGAUGGCUGCGUCUGCAAGCUCACAGCGUGGAGAGAAACCGCCGAGACCUGGGGCGGUGCAGACCCAGCGGUGACAGCUUCUAGUGUCAAACGCGGCGACAUCGUCCUCCUCGAGGACGUGCUCGCGGCCUGGGGAGGCGGCGAGUCCAAUACGAAUACUGACACCGAGAAGGGUCCUGGCAAUGCGGCCCCGGUGACACUCACUGCCUCCGCCAACGUCAAGUCUCGGUUAGAGAUCUGUUACCGCACCAUGCCUCUCAUGCAAGGCGAUACUCGUUUCCGGCCGGACCUCAGGCUAGGGUUCAGUGACGCCUCCGUGCGGAAAGUUGCUGCCGUGGUGGAAUGGUUCGAGGACAUGGCCGGUCUGACGAACCUGCCAUAGCAUCCCUCAGUACACCAGACUCAAAGGCCAGCGAGACGUAGCACCGCUAUAUGUACUGUACUCCCCCACUUUUCGCGCAAUUCAGAAUUGCUGCCCGCUGAGCUCGCACAUUGUAAGCCAGCAC